AUGAUCACAGCAACGCGGAAUUUCUCCCUGCUUCUUGAUGAAUUAAUGGGAGUGAAUAGAAACGGCGAUAGACAGGAUUUAAUUAUUGAACAUUUCACGGAUCCGAGAGUUUGCAAGUUUGAUUUGUUGGGUUUAUGUCCCUACAAAUUGUUUCCGAAUACUAAAUUUGAUUUAGGUCCUUGCCCAUAUAUUUGUUGCCCUGUGCCUCCGAAAUUUAGAAAACAAUACGAAGAGGAGAAAAAAACACAUAAUUUUGAUUACGAACGAGAUUUAGAACGAAUUUUAGCAUCUAUACAAGACAAUUGCGAUGAAAAGAUUGCCAAGGCUCAACAACGAUUGGAUGUACAACAUAAAAAAGAUCUCAACAAGGGUAACGAGCCUCUCGAAUUGCAAAAUAUCAAGAAGGAAAUUGAAAAAGUAACAAAACAAAUUGAAGAAUUAACAACCGAAGGAGAAUAUGAGGAGGCUCAAAAACUCAUGGAAAGAUUAGACAGUUUAAAAAAGGAAAAGGAAAGUAUUGAAGCAAAGGUGCCAACACAAAAAAUCGGAGACACUCAAGAAUUAAUAGUAUGCGAAAUUUGUGGAGCCUUAUUGAGUGUUAAUGAAAGUGACCAGCGAUUGGCAGAUCACUUUGCGGGAAAGGCUCACCUCGGAUUUCAAAAAGUUCGAGAAAAGCUUCGAGAACUUCGAGAAAAUAGAUCCUUCAAUGAUAAGAGACAACUCAUUGCCGAUAGAGACCAUUAUAAACAAAUGAAAGGGGGUAAUGAAUACAAUAGUUAUUAUGAACUGAAGAGAAAACGUCCUGGCCAAGAUGGGCAAGAGGAUCACCACAAUAGUGGUGGAGGUGGAAGCGGAACAGGUGGCUCUUCAGGAGGAGGUGGUUACCACAAUUCACACCAUGGUGGAAGAAGUGACGAUCGUUACAGAGAUGGUAGAGGUUCGUCCUCAGGUGGAAGUUACAACAGCUAUAGCAGGGAGAGUCGAGAUCGUGGUGGAAGAGAUCGUUAUGAUGACCAUUCCUCAAGUUCCUCCUAUAGGCAUCAUGACGAUAAUUAUCGUGACAGAGGAGGAGGCGAUAGAGAUGGCUAUCAUCAUCACCAUCGAUCACAUUCUGACUAUCGACCUCAACAUGAUUAUAGAAGAAGGUAA